CUGCCAGCAGUCAAUUUUUCAUUCCACUGUCUUUUACUUCGUACCACGGAAAACUUUGCUGCGUGUAGCGAUUUUUGUAGUUUCUUGCUGAUAUUUUCGACUAAUAACUAUUGAGGUGAUGUCAAAAAUGUAUUCCAACGAUGAUUUUGCAGAAGGGGGAUAUGAUGACUACGCCUUCGAAACCGGGAUGGGUGAUGAAGCGAUCUAUGAUAGAUCCUACUAUCCGAUGCACGAAGAUGUGAAGAAGUUUCUCGUGUAUUUCUGUAAUGUGAUCAAAGGAGGAGUAGUGUAUGAGAUUCAAAAUCUCUACGAAAAUACUUUUCCUAAACUGAGCGAGCAGCAUUUCGAGAAAAAAGCUUGGCCAAGCGAGGAAGAAGUUGCGCAUCUCGUCGAUAACGACAAUCUGUUCAUGAUACUUUACAAGGAACUUUAUUAUCGCCAUCUGCAUGCUAGAAUACAAGGAGGACCAUCAUUGGAGCAGCGUCUGAACUCUUUCUACAAUUACUGCAACUUUUUCAACUACAUUCUACCAUCGAAAGAACCUGUCCAACUGGAACUACCUGAUAUUUGGUUGUGGGAACUCAUCGACGAGUUUGUUUAUCAGUUCCAAAACUUCGCUCAAUACAGGGCAAGAUUGACCGAUAAGAGUGACGAAGAAAUGGAUAUGUUGUUGAACAACAACAGUAAAGUUUGGAAUAUCCUGUGUAUUUUGAACGUGUUGCAUUCAUUGGUUUCGAUGUCGAAAAUUAAAGAUCAGCUAGAAGCUGCCGCAGCUGGACGUGAUCCCGAGGAGGUAGCUGGAGAGUUCGGACGGCAUUCUUUCUACAAAAUGCUUGGUUAUUUCAGUUUGGUUGGAUUGUUGCGCGUACAUUCAUUGCUUGGCGAUUACCACCAAGCUAUAAAGGUUCUGGAACCAAUCGAAAUUCACAAGAAAAGCCAAUACUCUCAUAUUCCGGCUUGUCAAAUUUCGACAUCUUAUUACGUUGGCUUUGCGUACAUGAUGAUGAGACGUUAUUCGGACGCUAUUCGUACGUUUUCUUCAAUUUUACUGUAUAUUCAGCGUACCAAGCAACUGUACAGUACUCGUUCCUACCAGAACGAUCAGAUUAACAAGCAAACUGAUCAAAUGUAUCAUCUACUGGCCAUUUGUUUGGUCCUUCAUCCACAAUGCAUUGACGAAUCGAUCCAGCAAGUGCUUCGUGAGAAAAACUACCACGAUAACAUGUACAAGAUGCAGUGUGGCGAUUUGGACACGUUCCGCAACUUCUUUAUGUUUGCUUGUCCGAAGUUCGUAUCUCCGGUCCCUCCACCAUCGGAUGCACCAACAGAUGAUUAUGUCAAGGAAGCUCUGGAACAUCAAACAAACGUGUUCAUGGACGAGGUUCGCCAGCAGCAAGAGUUGCCUACGAUUCGGUCAUAUUUGAAGCUGUAUACUACUCUUCCAUUGCUCAAAUUGGCUUCAUUCAUGGAUCACAUCCCACAGGACGAGAUUGGUGAACAGAAGAUUGAAAAUUUGCUAACCCAUUUGCUGUGUUUCAAACAUAAGAUGAAGAACAUUGUUUGGACCAAGGGAUCUAGUGGUUUAGAGGGCAAAUUCCAGUCAGGCUCGGAACUGGACUUUUUCAUUGACAAGGACAUGAUACACAUUGCGGACACGAAGGUGUCUCACCGCUAUGGAGAUUUCUUUAUUCGCAAAAUAAUGAAAUUCGAAGAUUUGAAUCGCCGUUUACACAAUCUUAAAGGUUAACUUAUGAAUGUGUGAACAGACAUCCACAGUAAAAUAAGUAAUACAGAUCAAUCGAUGAAAAGAGUAUAAUUUGCAGGGAAGCUGAACAACAGUUAUUAUCCUUGAGUAUUUUAAAAAGGAACUAAUAAACUACAUUUUCUGCGGAA